GCUCUCUCUCCAUGGAACGGAUCCCAUCGCUCCGAAACCAUCCCUCCUCUCCCCAUGGAGCUCCCUCCUCCACCCUUCACGGACCCUUCCUUUCUCCACCCCAACCCCACCCACCGCAACCCUAGGCCCCUCCCCCCUCUCCUCAUUCCUCCAUGAGAGUCCCCUCCCACCUCUCGCCCUUCACCAUCCGACGCUUCUCCACCCACACCCGCUCCCCCAACCCUGCUCUGCGAAGCCCGCCUCCCAUCUCCCCCAAACCCUCCCCCUCCAUCCAAUCACUCGCCGCCUCCGGCCGCCUCGCCGCAGCCCUCCGCCUCCUUGUCCUCCGCCGCGGCCGCGGCCGCCCCGUCGGACCCGACGGCUUCGUCUCCGUCCUCCGACACUGCGCCGCCCCGGAAACGCUAAUGGAGGGCCGGCGCCUCCACGCGCACAUGGUAGUCUCCGGUUUCGUUCACGACCCCUUCGUUCUCAAUCACCUGAUUAAUAUGUAUGGUAAAUGCGGCCUCUUGGCUGAUGCUCAUUGGGUUUUUAAGGGGAUGGCGAAGCAAAAUUUGCAUUCUUGGAAUACCUUACUUGGUUGUUACUGCAAAUUCGGAUUUUUGAUAGAGGCGCGGCAACUGUUUGAUGAAAUGCCUAAAAAGGAUACAGUUUCGUGGAAUACGAUGAUCUCGGGUUAUGAUCAGCACGGGCCAUGUGAGGAGGCAUUGCUGGUUUUUGUCAGGAUGAGGAGUUCGGAUUCUAGGGUUGAUCAUUUUGGUGUUUCUAGUAUUAUUAGCGCUUGUAGCAAUCUUAGAUUUCUAAAUAAUGGAAGAGAGCUCCAUGGCUGUUCGAGUAAGUUGGGACUCGAUUCGCAUGUGCAGGUGGGUAGUGCUCUCAUUGGGCUUUAUGGAAAGUGUGGAGAAUUGGAGGAUGCUGGAAGGGUGUUUGAUGAAAUGGGUGUGAAAGAGAUUUUUACGUGGAAUUCGAUGCUUGAUGCUUAUAUUUGUUGCUCAAAGAUGGAGGAUGCGCUUACAUUCUUUGAUAAAAUUCCUGAGAAGAAUGUGGUUUCUUGGACUUCAGUUGUUGCUGGGUGCUCUCAACAUGAGAGGAAUGGAGAAGCAAUUUGUUAUUUUCACAGAAUGCUGAAAACAGGUCUUAGGGCUGAUAAAGUAUUGCUUGUUUGUGCUCUAACUGCAUGUGCAGGGUUGAUGGAUUCUAAAAAAGGGUUUAAAAUCCAUGCCUUGAUUCUGAAACACGGAGUUGGAAGUGAUGUGAUUGUUGGAAGUGUUCUUGUGAUGUUGUAUGCAAGAUGUGGAGGUUUCAGUGAAGCUAUAAGAAUCAUUAAUCAUAUGCCAUUAGUUGAUGACUUCUCGUGGAGUGUGUUGAUAGCUGAAUAUGCGAAGCAUGGGUUUAUAGAUAGUGCGAUUAAACUAUUUGACUGCUUGGAGAAGAAGAGUGUUCCAUUGUGGAAUGCCCUCAUUGGAGGUUAUUCUGAACUUGGAAUGAAUGAGGAGGCUCACAAAGCUUUUGGAAAAAUGCAAUUGGAGGGAAAAAAGGGUGAUGAGUUCACCUAUGGAAGCCUUCUGUUAGCUUCUGAUCUUGUCGGCUUGAGUUAUGGUGAACAACUCCAUUCACAAACUAUCAAGCUAGGCAUUGAUUCUUCUGUUUUUGUCGGCAGUGCUCUUAUUGACAUGUACAGCUACAACUUCGAGUGUGAAGCCGCUAUAAGAAUAUUUGAUGUAUUAGACGAACCAAACCUUGUGUGCUGGAAUUCAUUGAUCUCUGGGUUAGGAUUGAACAAAUUGGAUGGUAAAGCUCUAUGCGCACUUCGUCUAAUGAUGGUUUUUGGGCUAGUCCCAGAUAACAUCACAUUAUCACUUAUUCUUGAUUCAUGCUCAAAUUUACGAGCAUUAAGGGAGGGAGUACAGAUUCACACACUUGCCAGUAAAUUAGGGCUUGAAUCAGGUGUUGUUGCUGGGUGUGCUCUUAUAGACAUGUAUGCAAAAUGUGACAGAAUAAUAUAUGCGUCUCGUGUAUUCUAUGAAUUGCAAGAUCAUAGUGUAAUUACUUGGACUGCAAUUGUGGGUGGUUAUAUGAGAUGUGGAAUGUGGGAUGAGGCAAAAGAAUUGUUUGAUAUAAUGCCAGAGAGGAAUAUAGUUUCAUGGAAUGCAAUGAUUUCAGGAUGUGUGAAACUUGGCCGUUGUACAGAAGCAUUUCAGCUCUACCAUCAAAUGCAUAAUUCGGGUAUUUUACCCGAUCAAAUAACUUUAGUUAGUCUGCUAACUAUCUGCUGCAACUUUUUGCUAAAAGAGAAUGGGAAGCAGAUUCAUGCCCAGGUAAUAAAAAAUGGGUAUCAUAUAAACAAUCAUGUAACUAUAGUGUUGACAGAAAUGUAUCACAAACUUGAAGUACAUCCAUAUAGUGUAUUGUCUUUUGGGUCAUCUGAUCCAGUGCUUGGGAAUGGUACAGUAGAGCCAGAUGCUCUUUCAGGGAAUAAUUAAUGUCUGUUUGGCUUGGUUUCUGAAAUAACUUUUCUACUUCGAGAAACAACAACCAGAUUGUUGGGAAGCAAAACAUCGUGUGACAGGAGACUUGAAUAAGAAGAAUUUCCAUCUUGAAGCUUCUGGUACUGCUUGUGCAGCAAGGAGCGAUGUUAAUGGAAAAGCUGUUAGGACUUUGUUGAUCAAUUCGAACAGCACUUUAGCAUGAGCCCCAGGUGGGCCAACUGGACCUUAGCAGUGUGGCUUUCUUUUGUGCUAGCUUUAAUUGGAAAGUUUAGGAAGGAAUCACAUCAAAGCUAGCUUAUUCAAUUUCCUUCUAAAUGAGAUGAUGCGUAUUAGCUCUGUGCAGUGAAACUGUACCAUCCCACUCUUAACAUUCGAUUGUUGCCUGGUCGACAGUCUUGUCCAAUUUCUGGAAGUGUAACAAUCUUGAAAGGAGGCAUGUGAGUGUGAAUUGGUUGAUGUUAAGAACUAACCAUGCAGAUCAGGCAAAUCAGAAAAUGUUUCCAAAUUAAUUCCUGCUUCUUCAAGAUUGACAAAUCUCUGCAAAUUUGAAGAAUAUGCUUCGGUCUUGUUAUUUGUGAGCUGGAUAAAUGCAAAAGCUUCGGAAGUGCAAGCAGAUUAAACAAGUCCUCGAUGUUAACCUGGGGAUCGGAGUCCAGGAGAAGGUAUUCUAAGGCAAGUGGACAGUGGGGCUCAUCUCAUGUGGCUAAAAGUUGUUUAUUUGGAUUUGAUGAUCAUGAGACGCGCACAUGGAGCAGGUCUGAUCAAGCCAAGCCUCAACUCAAUCGACGCAUUUGUUUUGUUCCAUCCAGUAGCUCCCACCAAAACGGUCGGCUCAAUUAGAUGCUGUCCCGUGGGUUACGAGAAGAUGCCGCUUCUGAUGCCACAAAAUAACAACCCCCCUCCUCGUAAGUUUCAGCUGUCAGAGAAGGCACCACCAAGAGAAUAGAGAACCCCACACAAUACAGCACUCAUUGUUGCACACAGAGAGAGAGAGAGAGAGAGAGAGAGAGGGGAGGGGUUAGGGGAUGAAGAGGAGGUGAUGAU